GCGCAAAUGGUAAGUGGGCAAGGUUUAAAAAGGAGAUGCAGAGGCGUUUCAAGUUAGGGGACAGCCUGCUCACAAAAGAAGACCUGGAAAUGUUGAGACGGGAUGAGUUCUCCACGGUAGGAGUCUUUGGCACAACAUUUGAGAAGAUGGCAAAGAAAGUCCCAGGGCUGGCAGAAGAAGAACAGUGUGCCACUUUCCUGGGGCACUUCAAGAAUUGGGAAGCCUCGUCGCUAACCAAGAAAGCUGCGUCAGGAAAAAAACUGACUUGGGGUGUCAUAAAAGAAGGCAUGCUAGAGGGAGAGUUGGACCAGGUAGACAUCUUCCAGAUGAAACAGGCUAGGAAGAAAAGGAAGACUUUGGAUACUAUCGCUAGUGAUGGGCGCAACUUCAAGCUAAUGAUAGAAGAGGCUGUGACACAGCACGAUGCAGAGAAGGAGGCAAGAAAGAAGGCUAUGGCGGCGCCACAAGCCCAAGGGAAAGGAAAGAAGGUGGUAGUGCUAGAGGAGGAGGAAGAAGAAGAAGAGGAACCCGAACCACAAAAGUUGACCAAGGCUCAAAGGAAGGCAAGGAACAUGACUCAAGGGGGGCAAGGCUCAGGAAAAGGUCAAGCCCCGCAGGCUGUAGCGGCGCCACCCCCUGAGUCGUCCAGUCAAGUCGCACCAGCACCCUGUGGGUCAUGGCCAGGUUGUGGACCUCCCAGUCAUUGGCAUGGGCACUGUUCAUAUGCACCAUGGCCAACGGGCGAGCCGCAUGGAUCAUGUGYCGGAGCGCCGAUGAGUACGGCUUCCUGUGGAUGGCCGGGACCCCAAUCUCAACAGGAAGUAGAAGACCGUCAGGGCGUGAGGAUAGAGGAGAUAAGCGAAAGUAAAGAGGUUGAGCAGGGAUUGAGGGCCGACACCAUAAAGGAGGAGCCUAUCGUGGUUGAAUCCCACGACGACGAGCAAGAUGGUGGCCAUGGCAGGGCAAGAGAUACGAUGGAGAGAAUGGAGGACCUACUGGCAAAAAUCGAGAGGUACCAGGAUAAGCUGACCACUCUUUGUCAGGAGGUCAACAGGUGGAAAGGAGAGUUACCAUUGGUGUACCUCAUCGAUUCAGGCCCAGGGGCACAAGACGGGUCUGAAAACCURCCCGGAGUGACUGUCACGGCGCCAAUUCCUAGGUYUGGGAUGACCUUCAGGCCGCCGUCAAGAGCCGGAAGGGCAGCUUUGGCGGCACGUACUAGAUCGAAGGGAGCGCCCGACUCAAGCCAGCCCACUCAGGACAACCCGGGACCGAGUGGUGAGAAAGAGACAGUAGAGAUUCCCGAGGAUGAGGAGGAUGAGGAUGAAAGGUUAAGAACGGAAGAGGACAAGAAGGCUGAAGAAAGAGCCAAGAAGAGGGAUGCAAUGGCCGGCGCUGGUAAGGAACAAGAGGGCAAGAGAAGGAAGUAUAGAGUCAGGUUGGAGGAAGGGUUCGACGUGGAAGGGAUGGUCGAUAGGCUCCUCGAGGGCCAUAACGACCUGUCGAACUUGAAAGAUAUCCUCGCCUCGGCUCCAAAAUUGCGAGACGAGCUAAAGGCUCGUUUGUCCCGACGAUUGGUGGCGAGCGUACGUUUGGGGACUGUCAUCCCUAAAGAAGGGGAGUGGGCUGAGACAGACACCAAGAUAGACUGGAAGUCCGUCGCAUGUGGGUGCGUAGAAGUGAUGGUAAAGGGAAAGCCGUGCACCACGAUGGUAGACACGGGAGCGGAAAUGAACCUCAUAAARGAGGAGCAUGCUUUACGCUUGGGGAUGGAGAUUGAUCGCUCCGAUAAUGGAGUUUUAAUGGGAGCGAAUAGUCGGUGUGUGUUCAUAGGGACCGCAUCGAGAGUGGUUUUGGAGAUUGGCAAGGUUAAAGUGAGAAGUUGUUUCUUUGUGAUGCCCGAUCUCGACCAUCCCAUCUUAUUGGGCCGAUCCUUUUUGAGCCGAACGGAGACCGUCAUACUGAAUAAGCAUGAUGAGACGAUGUUCUUCGUCUUAUGUGACCCGGUAUGUGGCAACUAUGAGGUUAUCACAUGUAGAAAUACUGGGCCACGAAGUAUAAGGAAUAGGCCCAAUCCUGGGUCUUUUACGAUUGAGGAAUCGGAAGAAGAAAGGAAGAGGCUAGGAGGAAAUGAGUUUGAAGAAGAAAGGAAUCCAGACGCACUGACUCUUAGCCUGACCAAUAUAGGCGAUGUUAUGGACAUAGUGUUAACCUAUGGGAUGGCGGACCCGGAGACCGUAGAGGCCUUGAGAGAAAAGGUGAUGGAACAGAUGGGUGAAGGAGAGGUGGAGCUG